GGCUCUGGCGGGGGGGAUUUGGGGCUCUGCAAAGUCUAGGCUGGAAGUGAAAGGCUAGACUAAGUAACUGGUGCGGUUGACAGAAAUAUUCAGCAGAUAGCCUGGAAAGGACUUGAAUGCAAGCUGAGUGUGUAUCGGGAUCAAUCGUAGGUCUUUCUGCUCGUUAAGUUCAGGAAGCAGAUUGGGAAAUAGAAGUUGGUUUGGGAUAAACUAGGUCUAAAUCCAUGGCGGAAUCUGCAAGUGGUGGGGGCUCAGGAGGAAGUCCUGUUUGAGGAGAGCUGUUAGAGGUUCCUGGGAUAGUGUAGAGGAGAAGAGAGCCACAGCAGACACUUAGGGAGCGAAGGAGAAGCCUGAGGAGACAGAAGCGGCGAGAGAGGCUGGAGAAUGAGUCCUUCGCUGUGCCGCCGCGGAACUGUCCGGCCGCCGGCCACCGAGGUCGAGCCCCCACCAUGGGCAACGCGCAAGAGAGGCCAUCAGAGACGAUCGACCGUGAGCGGAAACGCUUAGUCGAAACACUGCAGGCGGACUCAGGGCUGCUGCUGGAUGCGCUUCUGGCACGCGGCGUGCUCACCGGGCCCGAGUACGAGGCUUUGGAUGCGUUGCCUGACGCCGAGCGCAGGGUGCGCCGCCUGCUGCUGUUGGUUCAGAGUAAGGGCGAGGCCGCCUGCCAGGAGCUGCUCAGCUGCGCCCAGCGUACCAUGCGUGCGCCUGACCCCGCCUGGGACUGGCAGCACGUGGGCACCGGCUACCAGGAACGAAGCUACGACCCUCCAUGCCCAGGCCACUGGACGCCUGAGGCAGCCGGCUCAGGGACCACAUGCCCUGGGCUACCUAGAGCUUCAGACUCUGAUGAGACCAGGGGUCCUGAGGACUCCGAGGCAGCGCACUCUGGAACCCUCGAGGAACCCGAGCCGGAGCUAGAAGCUGAGGCCCCUGAAGGGGCUGAGCCGGAGUUAGAACCCCAAAUGGAUCCGGAGCCAGAGGCAGAGGUAGAACCAGAGCCGGAACUGGAGCCGGAACCUGACUUCGAGGCAGGAGAUGAGUCUGAAGAUUCCUGAAGGCCAUAGCGCUGUCAGGCUGUUCUACACCCUGGCAGGAUAGGAUCUGGGAUCCUGCCCUGGUGGGGUCAGAUGCCAACAAGGCUCCACCUGGCCCAAUACCACUGAAAGUUAAUAAACUCUGGAGGGUCAGCCUGGA